AUGAGUAGCAAAUCCCUGGACCUGACUACCACUCCCUGCGAGCAAUGUAAGCAGAUUUCAACGGAGAAUGAGGCUAUGAUUGCCUGUGACAACUGCGAUCAGUGGUAUCACACACGCUGUGUGGGCAUAACUACGAUGCCAAAGAAGGACAAGAAGUGGUUCUGUCCGGAUGAUUCGUGUCAAGCUGUAUACCAAGAAAAGCUGAAGAAGAACCGUGAUAAGAAGAAUCCUACGCCCAUCCCUCCAACCGUCGCCGAGAAGCUGAAAGCUAUGGACGCGGAAAGGAAACGUAAGGAGGAAGAAAUGGAAGCCGAGUGGAUGAUCAAGCAGAAGGAAAUUGAAAUUAACAAUGCGCUAAAGGAAAAGCAAAUGCGCCUUGACUGUAACCUACGCGAACAACAGCUAGAAUCCGCCAGGCAGUUGCGCGAGAAGGAAAUGGAGGAAAAGCGGAUCCUGUUCGAAACGGAAUUACGAGAAAAACAGGAGCACUUCGAGGAAAUGAAGUUGAUGGAGGCCGCGCAUCGCGAGAAGCUGUCUAAAUUGAAAAUGCAGAUGGCGAAGGUAGAUGUCAAGCAAAAGCCGUCGAAUAAUAAGAAGUCUGGAUCCCAGGACAUCCAGCCGAGUACUUCGAAAAAGUCUCCGAAGGAACGAAGACCGGGUAAGCUGACGAAGGAGAUUCUCGAUCGCUUUGACAAGAACAACGGCGGUGAAGAAGAUGAAGAAGACGAGAGCUCCGAUGAUGACUUCGAUGAUGAUUCCGAUGCCAGCGACAACGAACAAACGGUCGACGGAGAUAACGACGACGAUGAAAAUAAAAGUCAUAUCAGCUCCCCAAACGGGCAGGGGCCCCAGCGUAUCGGGCCGAGUAGAGCCCAGUUAAGCGCCAGGAAUGGGCUUACCAGGAAACUUCCCACCUUUACAGGAAAGCCGGAAGAGUGGCCUCUUUUCUUUGGGGCCUACCAAGCAUCUAAUGAGGCGUGCGGCUACUCGGACGUAGAGAACUUGGUGCGACUUCAAGAAAGCCUAAAGGGUGCGGCGCUCGAGUCAGUUCGCGGACAUCUCCUCCUCCCCAAAUCGGUUCCUAGGGUCAUCACGAAACUCCGACAACUUUACGGGAGACCUGAGCAACUGCUGCAAAGCCAUCUUGAGAGGGUUCGGAAGCUGGACUCCCCGAGAGCCGACCGGUUGGCCAGUUUCAUCCCUUUCGGAAAUGCAGUGGAACAGCUCUGCGAGCAUUUAGAAGCUGCCGAGCUCACACUUCACCUUGUGAAUCCAAUCCUGAUUCAGGAUUUGGUCAGCAAACUUCCCGACGGUGAAAAGCGACAAUGGUUACAUUACAAACGGAAGAAGAAGGAAGUGACUCUACGAACGUUCACGGAUUUCAUCUCCAAGAUCGUGUCUGACGCUUGCGAGGCGAACGUCAACUACGAAUAUAAGCCGGACAUAAAGGCAGCAGCGGGGACCAGCGGCAAGGCUAAGCCGAAGGAGAAAGCAGCUCUAUACAGCCACAGUGAGGCGAGUGGAUCCAACGGUCGGAACGAUCGGCAGAAGCAGAAGCCGUGUAGAGCGUGCCAGCGAGACGACCAUCGGCUUAGAUUCUGCCAGGAUUUCAAAAAUCUGUCCUUCGCAGACAGAAUGAAGAUCGUCACCAAAUGGAAACUGUGCAGGGUCUGCCUGAACGAGCACAGUGGGCAAUGUCGUUUCAAAAUUCGGUGCGACGUGGAUGGCUGCGGAGAAUCUCACAAUUCGCUGAUCCAUCCGGCCACGGUGGCGGUUGCCAUGCACGCACACAUCAAUCCCAGUGGUUCAACGAUGUUCCGUAUGAUUCCAGUUAUGGUUCAUUGCGGAGAAAAAUCGCUGGUGGUACUUGCGUUCCUGGACGAAGGAGCUUCCAUCACCUUAAUAGAGACUGAUUUGGCUGAUCGUCUGGGGCUAGGCGGAGUGAAGGAAAAACUAGUUCUGAACUGGACGGCGGACGUUUAUCGAGUGGAAAAGAACUCCAGGCGAAUGAAUUUAUGGAUGUCGGCGGUCGAUGAGGAGAAUCCGGAGAAGACUUUGCUGCGCUCGGUGUAUACGGUCGACAAGUUAAGACUACCGCAUCAGGCGCUCAAGGCUGACGAACUAUCGGCGCAGUACGAUCACAUGCGGGGAUUGCCGAUCAGUUCGUAUGACGGUCGACCAGCAAUUUUAAUAGGGCUAAGCAACAUCCACGCCUUUGCUCCGUUAGAGGCGAAGAUUGGCACGACAAGCGAGCCAAUCGCAGUACGGUGCCAACUGGGCUGGACAGUGUAUGGGCCACGGCGAGCAUCACUUGAGUCGCAAGGCCAUUACCUAGGCUACCAUCAGGAAGUCUCAAACGAAGAUCUUCAUGAUCUCCUCAAGAAUCAUUACGCACUGGAAGAAUCGGUAGUCCGAGUGCAACGGGAAUCGGCUGAAGACAAGAGGGCUCGGUCGAUCCUAGAGCAGACUACGAAACGUGUAGGGGAUCACUUCGAGACGGGUCUCCUCUGGAUGAAGGACGACGUGAGCUUCCCGGACAGCUACUCUAUGGCGCUGAAACGGCUCAAGCAGUUGGAGAGAAAGCUGGAAAAGUCGCCGGAGCUGUACCAAAACGUUCGGAAGCAGAUCAAUGAGUAUCAAGCAAAAGGAUAUGCCCAUGAAGCCACUGAAGCAGAGCUGCGCUAUGCAAGUCCCGAGAAGGUGUGGUAUCUUCCACUGAAUGUGGUGCUAAAUCCGAAGAAGCCGGACAAAGUAAGACUCAUCUGGGACGCUGCGGCGAUGGUCCAAGGAAUCUCCCUCAACUCGAUGCUGCUGAAGGGGCCGGAUCUGCUGGUGCCGCUGGUGUCGGUGCUUCUCAACUUUCGGGAGCGGCGGGUUGCUUUCGGUGGGGAUAUCCGGGAGAUGUACCACCAAAUGAAAAUGGUUGCCAAGGACAAAUCCGCCCAGUGGUUCCUGUUCCGGAACAACAGCGCAGAAAAGCCGAAAGUGUAUGUAAUGGAUGUUGCCACAUUUGGUUCAACGUGCUCGCCUGCAUCCGCACAGUAUGUCAAGAACCGAAAUGCGGAGGAGCAUGCCGGACAGUUCCCGGAAGCAGCGGUGGCUAUCAUCAAAAGGCACUAUGUCGAUGAUUACUUCGACAGUGCCGACACGGUUCAGGAAGCGGUUAAACGAGCGAAGCAGGUGAGGUUCAUUCAUAAGAAAGCCGGUUUUGAUAUUCGAAACUGGGUAUCCAAUUCGUCAGAAGUUUUGACAGCAUUGGGGGACGCCAAACCUGGUGGAGCAGUCGUCUUCAAUCUAGAUAAGUCCAGUUCCCAGAAGUCCAACGAACGUGUACUUGGGGUAAGCUGGGAGCAAGAAGCGGAUGUCUUUGCGUUCUCCGCAACACCCCGACCGGAAAUGCAAGCCUACUUGUGCGGGGAAACACGGCCAACAAAGCGAAAUGUCCUAAGCUGUGUUAUGGGAUUUUUCGACCCUUUGGGGCUACUGUCGCCAUUUACAAUCCAUGGCAAGAUACUCGUUCAACAUCUCUGGCGUAGUGGUUGUGAGUGGGAUCAAGAGAUUGAUGAACGCUGCUGGAACCUGUGGCAGCAGUGGGUUGGUUUGCUUCCGGAAGUCGAGACACUACGAAUUCCACGAUGUUUUCUUGGUUGCGCUAAAUCUACGGCGGUAGAGUCCCUCGAGCUGCACAUCUUUACUGACGCCAGCGAGCACGCUUAUGGCUGCGUGACAUAUCUUCGGUCGGUCGUCGAUGGAGAAGUGAACUGUAGUCUGGUCAUGUCGCGCGCGAAGGUAGCGCCGUUAAAACGUCAGUCAAUUCCCAGACUGGAGCUGAUGGCUGCUGUCCUCGGUGCUCGAAUGAGCCAAACCUUUCUGGAAACGACUACGCUGCACAUCGAUCGCACCACUCUGUGGACCGAUUCCCGAACUGUACUGUCGUGGCUGCAGUCAGAUCAAUAUAAAUAUAAACAAUUCGUCGCAUUUAGAGUUGGUGAAAUUCUGGAACUAACCAACAUGAGGGACUGGCGAUGGGUACCGACCAAGCAGAACGUCGCGGAUGUUCUCACCAAGUGGGGACGAGGACCUCCAUUGCAGAAUGAAUCGGAAUGGGUGAAGGGUCCGACGAUGCUGUAUCAACCGCGCGACCAGUGGCCAGUGAUCGAACCAAGCGAAGAAACCAUCGAGGAGGCGAGAGGUCUAGUGAUGUUUCAUGAAGUGGUGGAUGUGAGCGCUGUUUCUCGUUGGUCGAAGCUGGUACGGGUGACUGCAACGGUGGUGCGAUUCAUCACCAACUGUCGCCGUAAAAAGACCGGCGAGCCAAUCGUGACAUCACAAGCUACGGAGCAUCAUCGUCCGCUAAUCAAAGCAAGGUAUUCAACGGUUCAGCUGCCACUUCGACAAGAAGAGCUCCGGCAGGCAGAGACCGUUCUCUGGAAGCAGUCGCAAUUCGCCAGUUUUCCGGAGGAGAUGAACGUGCUUACAGCGAAUCUCAAGCUAGAAGCGGGACAACCACCGAAGAGAAUCGAGAAGUCAAGCGUCCUGUUCAAAUGUUCUCCCAUACUAGACGCUGAAGGUGUACUGCGAGUACGAGGAAGAAUGGAAUCCAAUGAAAUGAUUCCGUUCGACAAGAGAUUCCCGAUCAUAUUAUCGGGGAGACACGAGAUAACCCAGAAGCUGAUCCUGUAUUACCAUGAAAAGUUUGGACAUGCUUACAGGGAGACCGUGUUCAACGAGCUUCGUCAAAAGUUCUGGAUACAGAACGCACGAACAGCUAUUCGACGAGCGACCGAGACUUGCGUGUGGUGCAAGGUGCAUCGAUGUGUUCCCGCUGCUCCAAUGAUGGGACCGCUACCCGUUCAUCGUACCACUACUCACCUACGGCCGUUCAGUGCGGUAGGAGUCGACUAUCUAGGGCCAGUCGAGGUAACCAUAGGUCGCAGAACGGAGAAGAGAUGGGUGGUAGUCUUCACAUGUAUGGCUGUGAGGGCCGUGCACCUGGACGUGGUUUACAGCCUUAGUACGCAGUCCUGCCUGAUGGCCAUCAGACGAUUCGUGAGCAAGCGAGGCGAUCCGGAUCAUAUAUUCUCUGACAACGCUACGUGCUUCCACGGAGCAAACACCGCGAUGAUGAAGGAGAUCGAGAAGGUCCAUCGAGAGUGUGCGGAACAGGCUACUUCGUCCAUCACAGCGUGGCAUUUCAACCCUCCCAGUACACCACACAUGGGCGGUGUCUGGGAGCGGAUGGUGCGGUCCGUCAAAGAGGCACUACGGGUUUUGGACGACGGGCGGAAGCUGACAGACGAGAUUCUCGUCACGGCCUUGGCAGAAGCCGAGGAUAUGAUUAAUCAUCGACCAUUAACGUACAUUCCACAGGAGUCCGCCGGGGAAGAAGCCAUAUCACCGAACCACUUCAUUCGUGGAACGGUAACUAAGGAAGACGCAGUGUUGGACAACCUCGACCAAUACCACGAAACCCUGCGCAACAUGUAUCACCGAUCGCGAUGCCUGGCUAGCAAGUUAUGGAAACGGUGGUCACAGGAGUACUUGCCUACUCUCAACCAUCGCCCGAAAUGGUUCGAGGACACGAAGCCCCUAGAGGUCGGAGAUCUGGUGUUCAUGGUGGAAGGAAAGAACCGGAAGUACUGGAGACGAGGACGCGUACAGGAAAUCGUGAAGGGAGCAGAUGGAAGAAUCCGGCAAGCGGAUGUGAGGACGGCAGAUGGCAAGGUGUAUCGACGAGCUGUGGCGAAUCUGGCGGUGAUGGAGAUCCAGGAUGGUAAAUCCGGAAGUGCUGGAGGCUCUACCGGAUGUUACGGGCAGGGGAAUGUUCACAUCACCGGGCAUUGA